AUGAAAGGCAAAAGUUUGGAUUCUGAUUUACUUAAAGAUAUUGAUAGCCUUUAUGCAAUUGUUCAAACAGCUAAAUUUUCAACUUCACUUAACGUUCUUCGUUUACUUUUCCAAAUUCACAGUGCUAGUGAUGGAAUUACUGAUCGUUUUUAUUGUGCUUUUUAUCGUCGAAUUUUAAAUCCUGAUGGUUUUGGCAAUCAGAGUCAUUCAAAAUUCUUUUCUUUGCUUCAACGUGUACUUAAAAAUGAUCUUGUUGAAUGCCGUGUUAGGGCUUUUAUUAAAAGACUUUUUCAAGUUGCUUUGGCUAGUUCAGCCUCUUUUGCAGCAGCUACUCUUCUUACAUGUUCUGUUAUUAUUCAAGAAAGGCCUAGUCUUUUAAGAUUGGAUGAAUCUUUGGAAAAUCAAACAGAAAAUGAGAAUAAAACAAUUAAAAAUGAAGAAAAAAUUAAAGAAGAAAAUAUAAAAGAAAAUUCUGCAUUAGAACAAAAAUUAAUUUGGUUUGAGCAAAAUGGAAAGUCUAAUGAUGAGGAAGAAGAAGAAACGUAUUUUGAUAUAAAAGAUGAAAGUAGUGAUGAAUUGAAUAAAGAAAUUAAAAAAGAAAAAAUUUCUACUGCAAAAAAACUUUCAAAAACAAUAGGAUGGAUUCAUCGACCUUCAUCUUCUUCAUUAAAUAAUAUAAAAUCUGACAAUAUUCCAUCUUUACCAAGAAGAAGAAAUGCUUAUGAUCCAAAUGCUCGAAAUCCUUUAUUUUCUGGGGCUGAUUUUUCACUUGAUACAGAAUUAUAUACAUUAGCCAGGCAUUAUCAUCCAACAGUUGCUUCUUUUGCGAGAACUUUAAUUCAAGGCUCAAUUCACUACAAAGGCGAUCCUUUAAUUGAUCUUUCACAAAUGCGUUUUCUUGAUAGAUUUGCGUUUAAAAAUCCAAAAACAAAACAUUUAAAUAAAGAAGUAAAUAAUAAACAAAAAUUGAAUCCUUUGUUUUCUCAUACUUAUAUUCCAAGAGGAAUAAAAGCAUUGAAUCCAACAUCACAGGAUUAUUUAAACAAAACAAGCAGUGAAAUUCCAUUAGAUGAACGUUUUCUCCAUCAUUUUGCUUCAAUAAAAUUUAAAAAGAAUAUUAAAAAUGAAGAAAAUAAAAAACGAAAGAAUGAAAAAGAUGAUGAAGAUUUUGAUGAUAUGGCUAGUUUAGACUCUGACGAAUUUGAUCUUUUAUUGGAAAAGUUCGAACCUGGUGAUACUCGAGAUGUUUUUGAUGUUGAUUUUAGAGAUGAAUUUGGUGACGAAACAAACUCUAAACGUAAAAAGAAGGGUGGUAAAAAAGGAAAAAUUAUUGAUGAGGAUGAUGAAUUUGAAAAUGAAUUGGCAGAAUGCAGCGAUGAUGAAAUUGACGAAGAAGAUGAAGAAAUUGAAGAAUUUUCAUCUGAUGGAGGUGAAGGAGAUGAAAGUGGAAUAGAUUUCGACGAGAAUGAAGAAUUAAAUAAAAGCGGGGACGAAGAUAAUUCUGAAAUGUGUGAAGAAAAUUUAGAUAAUGAUAGUGAUGUGCAAGAAUUUGAUAGUGAUUUAUUAUCUGAUUAAAAGGGAGGGAAAAUUGUUU